CGGCGAUGGUGGAGGAGACGAUGGCGAGCGUCAGCAGCCAGCCCAGCGAGGAAGCUCUACUUCGCAUUGCGGGAACUCAAGCGGAUCUUCCUCCAGGAUCUUGUCGUGCUGCCAAAGCGACGAUUUCUCACCAAUGCGUCUAAACAAGGGGAUGAAAAGCGAGCACUUGCUUGGUAGUGGGUUCCCUCCGUAGCAAAAGCAAGACGAAAAGAAAAGCAGAGACAGUGAGGAAAAAGCAGCCACUUGAAAAUUCAUUCUUUCGCACAUGGUUCUAGUCUCUCAAGGCGCGGGCCGUGGCCGCCGUUGGAUCGGCUCAUUGCUCAGAUGUUUAAACGUGAGCCGCUGGAUCCAGCAUAUUCGUGCAGUUUGAAUUUGGGCCGUUGGAUUCCAUGAUGGGAUAGGGUUUAGGGUUCUUAUUCGGCUAUGGCGAUGGCAGCAGUGCCUUACUCUUGUCUCGUCCGUCUCCAGCGUUCCAGGCCCCACAUUGUGCCCGCAAGAUGCUCUUCUCCCGGCCCUGCGACGAUCGGAUGCUGCCGCUGGAAGAAAACGUGGUAUUUCUCCGGAUUUCUCAGCAGGAGGCCGCUCGAUCCGGCUAGGGCUCUCGACGAGGAGGGAUACUACGUCCAGGAGGAGCAGGAUUACAUCCAUCCCAGGUAUCCUUUCAGCAACCAGUUCAAUCCCGUGGACGACCGGACGCUGCUCGAGAAGGCCGCGGACGAGCUGGAGAAGAUCACCCCGCUCAAGGCCGUCAAGAUCGCGACGCUGGCGGCGCUGGUCUGGACGGCCGCGCAGUGGUUCCUUGGCGCGGUGGUUUUCAACUCAAGCUUGUGGAUGUACGCGAGCUGGGCGCUCAUCUUCUGGCCAUGGCCGGCUGCGCUGCUCGUCGGCGCUGGCGCGUGCUUCCUGGCUCACAAGCGCUACACUCGGUGGGACGAUCGAAAGUACCGGACAAGAGCUCGCGACAGAGAUGCGCUGAUAAUCAUCGCGGGGGCGCUGCUAUGGCUCAUCCUCGUCCCUCUCGGCCACUUCCAAGGCUACGUCGAAGGCUUCCCGGCGAUCUUCUAUGGCGUCUACUGCGCCUUCUUCAUGUUUGAGAGGAUGAUCCGGAUGAGAGUCUAUGGCAAGACUGAUACAGGCCCAGAGGACAAGGACUGGGCUCUUCCGGUGAGCCGCGCGACUUGGAUUGGGUUCGCGGGAUCGGUGGUGGCGGGGCACUGGCUGGCGGCGUUUGAGUCGCCGCCGCUGGUGGAGAGCUGGAACCUCGGGUGGCAGGCAAAGGUGGCGGCGGUGAUGGUGCUGGCGGCGCUGGCGCUCAAGUACUACGGGACUUACUUCCUUCUCAAGUUCUCCAAGAAGGUGGACAGUCCAAACAUCGUGGUGCCGUUCGGGCCUUACCGCUGGGUGAGGCAUCCCAUCUAUGGCAGCAGCAUUCUCCUCUUCUCGGCGUUUUGCCUGGCGCUGCGAGCCUACGGAAGUAUGGCGCUCAUCCUCGCCGGCUGCCUCUUCUACUACGAGCAGCUGGUCCAGCGCGAGGAGGAGCUACUACUCAAGCAUUUUGGCGAGGAGUAUGGAAGCUACAAGAGGAGUGUGACCAAGAAGUACGUACCUUACUUGUACUGAGACAGCCUUGGUUUUUUUUCUUUCAGCAGGGGUGGGAAGAGUAGGACAGACAUGUUUUGCGAGCUUUCCAUGAACUUAGGAGAGUCAAAAGCGAGAAA